AUGUGCGACUCGAGACGGAAUCCUAAGCGGAAGGCGACUGAAACCGCUGCUGGCGCUGCUCAGGGGGCCAGGGAUUAUCAGGUGCUUCUCCACGAAGCUCUGGCGCCUAUAACCAAGGAUGAGCUUCAGGAGUGGGAAGGCUGGUGUGAGGUGGAAUCUGAACCGGCCUUCUUCAAUGCCAUGCUCCGAGAACUGGGUGUUAAGGAUGUCAAGGUUCAAGAAGUUUUUUCAGUCGACGAAAAUUAUGUUGCGACCCUUCCACAGCCCAUUUACGGUUUCAUUUUUCUCUAUCAGUACUUUUCCGAGAAUUAUGAAGACGAUGAAGUUGUUGACAGCAGGGAUCUUUGGUUCGCGAACCAGACUACAGAUAAUGCCUGCGCAACCGUCGCCAUGACGAACAUUCUCAUGAACUGCAAGGACGUGGAUCUCGGCACGAAUCUCCAAGAGUUUAAGGAUUCCACGAGUAACGUUAGUACUCCACUACGCGGUCAUGCCUUGGCCUCAAAUGUAUUCAUCCGUUCGGUCCACAAUUCUUUCACUCGAAGAAUGGAUCAUCUGAAUGCAGAUCUCUUUCUCGAGACUGAAGCCGCCGAUUCCAAGAAAAUGAGUCGCAGAGGACCUGCGAAGAAGACCAAGAAAACCAAGAAGCAGAAGAUGGACUCGGAGUCGGGUUAUCACUUCAUCGCGUAUAUACCAGCUAAUGGCUCGGUAUGGGAAUUGGAUGGCCUCAAGACAAGGCCUGUUUGUUUGGGGCCCCUAGAGGACAACGUUCACUGGGCAAACCUCGUCUGCCCUGAGAUCCAAGCACGUAUGCGCCAGUUUGAAGAGAGUGCCCUAUCAUUCAACCUGCUUGCGCUGUGCAAGAGCCCCCUAACCAUCAUAUCUGAAAAUCUCGCGCGUACAAUACACGCAUUUGAACUCCUCAACAGCCGCACAAACCGUUUGAGCGGCUGGCAAAGUCUUGUAGCCGGCAACGAGCAACCACUGAAAGGUGACGAGACAGAGCGCCUCGCCGACUUCGGCAUUGACAGCUCAGACUUGGUAAAAACUGAAGUCGAUCCAGCAUUCAAGAAGAAGGUCACAAACCCGUCCAUGGAGGCUAUGGAGCUAUUCGAGCUCUACAGCGAUCUGGUGACACAGCAGAAAUCCUUGAUGGGAGAGUACAACACAGAGAUCGCCUUUAUGAAAGAGGACGAGGAUCGGGUACAGGGGCGCCAGAAAGACCACUCUCCUGCAAUCAACCGAUGGGUACAGAAGCUGGCAGAGCACGGCGUUCUUGCCGAUUGGGCUACCGAUUCGUAG